AUGGCAAUUGAUCCUAUUAUUCAAGCUGAAUUUGAACGAAAUCUUUCAUGGAAACGAUCAUGGCCACGUUGUUUCCUUGGAUCAAUUGCAAGUAUUGAAAUGUUUCUUGGAUUGAUAAUUCUUCUAACUGAAGCUUGUAAUAUUUUAAUGGAUUUUUGGCAUACAAAUAUUUUUGGUGGUAUUUGGGCAUCAAUUAUAAUUUUUAUUAAUGUAAUUGUAAUCUAUGCUACAGUAUGUUGUAUAACAACAAUUGGUUCAUCAACAUGUGCAUUUAUUUGGAAUUUAAUAACAUUACUUACUUUAGGUAUUUUAAUUGCAUUUGAUAUUAUAUUUAUUCUAAAUCCAUAUACAUGUUUUUUAACACCAAAAUGUUCAACACAAUCACAAAUAAUAUCAUUAAAUUAUUUAAUGCAAAUGAUUCCAACAUUUCGAAAUUAUUCAAGUUAUGAUUCAAAAAAACUUUUUCUUGAAAUUCAAGUUGGAUGUGCUGGUGUAGCUUGCAUUGUAUCUUUCAUUUAUAUUAUUAUUUAUAUUGUAUGUAAAAUGAAAAUUCAUCAACGUGUUGUUCAUGAUUAUUCAGCACCUGUUAUUGCUCAUCCACCACCUAUUGCUCCACCGCCGCCACCAUCACCAUAUUAUCAUCAUACAUAUCCUCUAACUCACGCACCACCAAUGCCAUGGAUAAAUCAAACAAACAAUGCUCUAUAUACACCAUAUUCAUGA